AUGAUCGAUGUGUCAGAUGGUUUGGCUUUCACAGAUGCUGGCCAAGAAUAUGCUCUGAAGUGGCCAAAAAGCAAGAAAAAAGUUGUGCCAGACCCGGCCAAAGCUCAGACUCUUGAAGAGGCAUUCCAGUGGCCGGUCAAAGCCAAAACAAACCUUCAGAAGCUGAUUCAGGAGCUUCCAGGUCACUUGCGGCCCGUGCUGCUUUCAGGCAGAGAGUUGUCAGUUGCCUCAUCUUUCUCAGGGAUUUGCAGCCAAUCACGUGGCGCACUGGUUUUGCAGGCGCACAACUAUGGACGCAAUUUUAAGCACAUUUCAUUUUGCGAGAAAAGAAAAGAGUGUCAAAUAAGGCUGAUUCGGGAUUUUCCUUGCGCCUGCAUUUUUGUUGACCAAAUGAAUUUGGUCAGCAUUGAUGUGCAGAGCCAACUGCUGAAAGCCAAAGGCUUUGAGGAGACAAUCGAGGUUUUGAAGCAUGCAAGCUUCAAUAGCCAGGUUAUUUUCACAGAGCCCGCCGACGUUGGCUUUUCCUGCAUUGCCCGCAAGCGUGCUUUCCAGAUCUUUGUAGAUAGAACCAAGGGCCGCUUUGUGGCAAACCCAGCAGAAAUUUAUCAAGCUCUCUGUGAUGGUUUGGGCAGCAGGCAUUUGACCAUUGGCCACUUGAUGGACUUUGCAUCCAGCGAGGAUCUCAAGCUGGAAUUGGGGCUGCAGGGAAAGUCUAUGGACUCAUACCCAGGGAACCUUUUGUCUUCUUUUGAGACCAAGAACAAGGAUGAGUAUGAGAGAAUCCUUUCAAACAAAUAUUCGGAUGGCAUCCCUGCAGACCAAGUGUAUUGCCUUGGGCAGAAUCCUCUAAAAGUUCCCAAGUUGAGCAACGGUGGAGUGAUGCCAGCAUUUACGAAAACGGACAAAUUGCUGUGGCACCAUGGUCUGAAGCGGCAUGUGCUGGCAAUUGAAAAAUUUGCAGCGCAUGGCAUCGGUGUGACGGCUGAUCUUGCAAAGCUACUGGGCACUCCAGUCUUCAAUGUGACCCAGAUGAAAAACCCUCACCCAGUUGCUGGCAAUGGGCAGCAUGCAGCUGUUGCUGCUUUGGUCCUGGCUUCUGCCUUGCUGUCGAUCGAACUGUUUGAAGAGCUCCCUGAACCAACCAAGCCUUUGGCAUCACCUUCAAGCAAUGAUGAUCGCAAGCAGGCUGGGACAUGUUUUGCAUAUAGUCCCAAAGUCCCAAGUCCCAAGUCAGCGACCUCUCAUAUAUAUAUAGUAUAUCUAUUCAUAUAUGCAUGUGACUGUGUGGGUUAUAUAUAUAUAUAA